AGACUUCAUCGAGCAGCACUACGUGACCCUGAAGAAGGCAAACCCCGAUUUCCCCAUCCUGAUCCGCGAGUGCUCCGGUGUCCAGCCCACGCUCUGGGCGCGGUACGAGUUUGGCAAGGAGAAGAGCGUGCCACUGAACAACCUUACUGUGGAUGAAGUGGCCAAGGCAUUGGAGAACGUUGUGAAAAGCAAAGCGUGA